GAUUAUAUUUCAACUUUUCUAGCCACACUGCAUCUCGUGAAAGUGUCAUUGUCGCGACGACGACCAAGUACUACAAACUCCACAUUUCCUAGCCAUCUUACAGGCAUUCAUGAGUGUCCUGCUAGAGACAUCUGCUGGUGACCUUGUCAUUGACCUGCUUGUCGACGAAGCUCCAAAAUGCUGUCUCAACUUUCUCAAGCUCUGCAAGCUCAAGUACUUCAAUUUUGCGCCAGUCUACAAUCUACAAGCGCCAGCUUUCUUUCAAGCAGGUGAUCCUCUCUAUCCUGCAGGAGACGGUGGUAGCUCUGUAUGGGGCCUCGCAGAUACUGAGAAGCGCUUCUUCAAGCCAGAAAUAUUGAGUGCUCACAAGCAUCGUCGCGGAACCAUAUCCAUGGCAGUCUUACCGACUGGUCUUGCUGGAUCGCAAUUCUUCAUCUCACUUGGUCCGAAUGAUUCAUUUGAUAAGAAGCAUGCCAUCUUUGGACAUCUUGCUGAAGGCGAAGAGACUCUCGACAAAAUUGCCGCUCAGCCUGUUGAUAAUGUAUUCCGUCCACUACGAGAUAUCAGAAUACAGCACUCUAUCAUUCUUGAGGAUCCUUUUGAUGAUCCGCCAGAGAUGCCGCCAGUUCCUGAUCAAUCACCCGCACCAUCUCAUGCACAACUAGCGACAGUACGGAUAGCGUUUGAUGAGCAAGUUGAAGAUGAGAGCACACUUGAUCCAGAUACCCUCGACAAGCGUCGUCGUGCACGAGAAGCGGAAGCAGCUGCACUUGCUUUGGAAACAAUGGGAGAUUUACCGAGUGCACAUAUUCGACCACCGGAGAAUAUCCUGUUUGUGUGCAAGUUGAAUCCCAUCACUGUUGCGGAUGAUCUUGAGCUCAUCUUUGGUCGUUUUGGUACCAUUUUGAGCUGUCAGGUUGUUCGUGAUGCUAGAACUGGUGAUUCUUUACAGUAUGCAUUCAUUGAGUACGACAAGAAGGAAGAUGCGGAGCGCGCUUACUUCAAGAUGCAAGGUGUGCUCAUUGAUGACCGACGGAUUCAUGUUGACUUUUCUCAAAGUGUGGCAAAGACGAGGCAAGCGAUGGGAGGUCAAGGAGGAGGUCGACGAGACAUGAGCCCCGCUGAACGGAGACGAAGUCCGAGAAGGCGAGAUGACACAAGGGAGGACCGUAGACGGUCAUCAUCUCGUGACAGGAGAAGUCACCGGGAUGGGCAUGCGCAUCGUCGUCGCUCGCCCUCACCUCGCAGACACCGCGAGAGUCAUCGUUCAGACCGAUCAAGGCAUGACGAGAGACGCACAUACGAUCGUGGCAAGCAUGACAGUCGUUCUCAGAGGGAGAAGCGGCGCUCAAGGACACCAGAGCGUCGUCGGUAGAAUCCUUCACGAAGACAUUUGAGGUGAAGCCAUCUGAGAUUCUACGUACGCAUCAUUCAUGUAGCCCGUCACUUCAUUGG